AUGGGUACACUGCCACCUCUACGUAUGCCCCUCUCCUGCAGCUGUCAGCGCAUACGCAUCCCGGAAAAAGUCUCCUCAUCGGAUCCGCUUGUCUCCCAUGGACGACAUUUUGGUCGAACAGUGUUUGCGCUGUGUAACUACCCUGCUUUACUCACCAAUGGCAUCUUAAGACUAGAACAAAUGGAAAAUACUUCACUAGAGGACUUUUCCGCUGAAGAGCGACGAGAACAUUGUGUCUUCGAGCAGCUCUUAGAUUCUUAUCCCGGCCUAUUGGAACAAUUGACAAACAGUUCUGAGGAGGAAAUCCUCCAUGUCGGAGAGCUGAUAGGUAAGGGAGCCGCAGGCGCAAGAGGCGACAACACAAAAACGUUGAAGUCUGCAGUAUUAGAUUGGAUCGCUCCAAAAGGAGAGGCGAUCCAACCUCCUCUGCACAGAAAUUCCAAGAUCGAUCGUGGAUUUAAUCAUGAACUUACAGGCUCCCUGCUUUGUCCCGCCGGAUUAGACUGGAACAACUCACAGACCAAAGAACACCUUCGAAGCGGAGAACUGUUGGUCUGCGGAGAUCAAUGGCCUGUUUUUUAUCCGUGGUGUGGUCUCCUUUGGAGUUGCUUCCUUGUAUGUGCUUACAAGCACAUUUUCACGUCUCCGAGUUCGGUCCGAUUCGCUCUAACCUCUUCUUCAGUGUUUUCAAGAACUGACACGAUGACAGACUUGGAGACAUUUGAUCAUAGUCUCCUUGACCUCUUGGAAGACCCUGACGAGUUGAAGGAAGUUGAUGAACUGCUGAUGUGGUGGAAUCGCCAAGUCUUCCCCGCUUCUUCGGCUGCCAAGCGCAACGUCACCGCCAACAGUGCACUAUCGAAGAUCCAACAAAAAUCCCUUGUUCAAGUAUCUUCUUUGUAG